AUGUCUUCAAUGGUCCCGAAUCGGCAUACCUGGGCUCAGUGGCUUCGGCGCGUAUCAUCUCCCUUCGCAUCGUUUUUGCCAAAGAAAGAGAACCAAAGCACUCAGAAGAACCCAUUCUCCUUACACUCCCGAUUCCGCCUCUCCUCAGACAUGGCGGCGCUCGCUUCGCUCAUAGAUUAUUUGGCUGCAGAACGACUUGCUACGUCGUUCGAUGUUGCGGCGGCGAUGCUGUUGGUAUACGAUUGCUCGCUGAUGUUGGGGAUGGAGUUUGAGUUUGUGUGGUCAUCGCCAUGGGGGUUCGUGAAAGUGCUAUAUAUCGUUCAGCGAUAUCUGCCUUUCUGUGAUGCGAUUUUUCUCUGUCUGACUCACCAAUUGGCGGUAAAUAUCGACCCAGAUGGCUGCCAUGUUGUUGAAACGAUACGAGGAUCGUGGUUGUUUGGCUCAUCGUAUCAAAGGGUUGAUGAUUUUUGGUUUUAUUUUGUCCGAAGCAAUCUUGACCCUGCGCGUAUGGGCAGUAUGGAAACGGGAACUGCGUCUGGGUGUCUUUCUGAUAUCCCUACUUACGCUCACAACUGUGGCGGAGGUAUACGUGACCAGAAUCUUCCUUCGCGACCUGCAAUUAAUACUGGUCCUGAUGAUAAUUCCUGGAAUUGCUUCCUUUUUCCGUUUGCUCAUAAGCCGCCCUUUCAGAUCGGCGAGGAGAGAAUGUCGGUCUACAUCAUCUCAUAUAUCGAGACGCGACGGUCGGCACGACGCAUUCAUUUCAAUGUCGCAGUGGUCUGCGCGCUCUCUGUAGAGUAUUUCGCGGUUAUUUCCAAGUACGUUUAUGUUUCUGUCUCUACGUGCAAAAUGACUGAUCGAGUCAAGUGUGGAACGCGUACUCCAUUCACUGUUGACGAGUAG